AGCUAUACUUCUGUAAGUAGCAAAAACUAUGCUGUGGUAAUCCCAUGCUAUUUCAUUUCUUGACUGUUUACAUCGUCCCGUUGUAUUCUUGUUUACGUGACUUGUACUGAGUUUGUUUGUUUGUUUGUUUGUUUUGAUGCGCUCCGGGCGACGCGUACGAUCCCGCCGGAUUUCUUUGCUCAUAUAAGGGCUCAGGUUCUUCAACAAGUAAGUACUCAAAAAUCGUAAUCAUUGAACUCGCCGCACAUUAUCAAAGAUGUCCGCAGUUCGUCCUAAGUUGCUUAGUCUGCGACUCAGUGGGAGUUCAGCUUUUGCUGCGGGGGCCAUGUGGAAUUUCUCCGUUUCAGUGAAAAGCAACGCGUCAUUGGGUCAUCCUCCUAGGAUGACAAGAACAUUGCUGUAUCCUGGUACUCCAAGUACGCCGAGCAGUUCUUCCAGUUCCUCAACGAGUCGUCGAUAUUUGAGUUCGUCCUCAACGCGAGCGCCUAUUCGUAAGGGCAAGGUCCCGGCUGCCCUCUCCAUACCGAAUCAUGUUGUGCAACCAUUUUACGCGAGCAAUCGCAACGGGCAUUACGCACCACGGGAACUGGACGUGAGAGCAGAUUUUGGGCAAGUGAAGGACGCCGAUGAGAUAGCGCGCAUGCGCGUUGCGGCCGAAAUUGCGGCUUCUAGCCUGGUCGAAAUCGACAAGCUGAUCCGGAGUGCGAAAGGGCGGUCUACACCCCUGACGACGUCCGAAAUAGACCACGUUGCGCAGCAGUACGUGAUGACUCGGGGUGCAUAUCCAGUAGGCGUCAAAUUCCAUGGAUUUCCAAGAGCCAUCUGUACAUCCGUGAACGAAGUGGUGGUGCACGGAGUGCCCGAUGAUGAACCGCUGCAGCCGGGGGAUAUAGUAGACUGCUAGUAGCUUACUGCUGAGACUGACCAACGAAUUUAUAGGUACUGGCAACGUUCUCAUUCAGGAAUAUUGUGACACAGACAUCAUUAAGAAAUGACAAGAAUAGUCUAAAGUUUCUGUUUUGCAUGUAAAAUCAGAUAAACUGCGACGUCUCCACAUACAUUGAUGGCGCUUACGGCGAUACGUCGAAAAUGUUUUGCGUCGGCGGACGAGAAAGCCUACGGCCAGGCACAUUGGAGUUGUGCGACCACACGCGGCGGGCCGUUGAGGCAGCAAUCGCGCUCUGCAAGCCAGGAACCACGGUGGCCGAUCUUGGACGUUGCAUCUAUGAGUAUGCGAAGUUGGCGGGCUGCGGCAUCGUUCCUGAAUUCACAGGUCACUUCAUCGGACGCGAGCUUCACAUGCAACCUUUCGUACAGGCAAUACCGAAUGACGAAAAUCUACUGCUGCAACCGGGCAUGACGUUCACCAUCGAGCCAAUCUUCACCAACACCAUAAUUGUACCAAGUGAUGACGAAAAUAGCAGCGCAAAGGAGGCACGAAAAGGUUCGAUGUUGACGGAGAUAGAGGGACCGUGGAACGACGGAUGGACGUACGUGACCAAGGAUGGCAGUUGGAGUGCGCAGUAUGAACAUACCGUGCUGAUAACUGAGGGCGGAUGCGAAGUUCUUACCCGCUCGGAGAUAGAUGAAAAAGAGACAUUUGCAUAGUGUUGAAGAAUAUUUGUCAAUUCAAAUUCCUCUGCACAGCUUCUCUGGUGCUUUAGUUCUUUUUACGCUCGGCAAAAUCUAGCGAACAUACAAGGGUUUUCAUCAGAAUAGGCUAGUAAGUUGUUCUGAAUGCAAGAAGUAUCAUGAAUAUAUGCUUGCGGGUUUUGAGUCGUUCCCCGACUACUAGUUUCAUUAUCAUGCUGUGAGCUCAACAACAGUGAUGAACUUCUCACGAAUCAAAUGCGUGAGCGGGAGGAUUGGGUGUCCUCGCCUUUGCUGCAAAAAUACCGCAAAUGUCAUAACUACAGUGUUAGCAGGAAAACAGAUGCUGCAGGAUGCCAUCAUGAUGUCUUCUGGAAUUGC